UCCGGUCCGUAGGAACAACCGCCUGCGAAAUCUCACUUCCUCAUUUCACCCGGUAACCUCGUCGCGAUCGGACCAGAAAUUUGGGUCAGCUGCGGUGAAUUUUUCCUUCCUAUCGUGUUACCAAGUUUGAACAAACAGAGGAAUAUGGGACCAAGACAGAGAAACUCGUAUGUGCGGCUACCGAGCGCCGUGUUGUGUCUGACAGUGCUGGUGACCCUGUGUUUGGGGACCUUGGCAGAAGGUGAUGACGUAUGUUCGAAGAACAGCCCAGCUUCGUGCGCGGAAUGUCUUAGGCGCGGUCCGCAGUGUGCGUGGUGUGCAGAGGAGUCUUACGUUGAAGGAUCAGCAUCAAGGUGUGACGUCAUCUCAAGAUUACAGGAGAACGGAUGUGCAGCAAGUCAAAUACAAAAUCCUGCCAGCGCCACAGUCAUCUCUCAGGGACGCCCACUCAGCUCCACAGGGAGCCAGACAGGCAGUGACGUCACGCAGGUGUCACCGCAGGAAGUGCGUCUCAGUUUACGGCCAGGUGACAGCGCCCAGGUACAGAUGCAGGUGCGCCAGGUGAAGGACUACCCAGUAGACCUGUACUACCUCAUGGACCUGUCCAAGUCUAUGGACAACGACUUGCAAAACCUCAAGACGCUAGGAGUCAAUCUCAUUAACAAGAUGAGAAACAUCACCAGUAACUUCCGGGUCGGGUUCGGGUCCUUUGUUGACAAGACGGUGGCGCCGUACGUGAACUUGGCUCCUGGGAAACUGAACGAGCCGUGCGGCGGCUGUGCGCCCGUGUUCGGGUUCAGGAACGUGCUGUCCCUGACGGACCAGGCCGAGGAGUUCAGCGUACAGCUGGGGCAGCAGCAGGUGUCCGGCAACCUGGACCAGCCGGAGGGCGGCUUCGACGCGCUCAUGCAGACCGCCGUCUGUAACGAAAAAAUAGGCUGGCGAGAGAAGGCCACCAAGCUGAUCGUGUUCGCCAGUGACGCGCCGUUCCACUCGGCUGGGGACGGGAAGCUGGGCGGCAUCCUGACGCCUAACGACGCCAAGUGCCACCUGGACUCCUCCGGCACCUACACCGAGCUCAACAACCUGGAUUACCCGUCAGUAGGCCAGCUGAUCGCCGUGCUGGAGGAACGGAACAUUCAGCCCAUCUUCGCCGUCACCGGGGAGCAGAUCGACAUCUACAGGGGUCUGGCAAAUAUGUUCUCUGGCGCCAUCGCAGAAACUCUAGCUGAAGACUCUUCCAACGUCGUGUUCUUGGUAGAGGAUGCCUACAAGAAACUCCGUUCCGAGGUAAGGAUGCAGGCCCCCAACGUGCCUGAGGGGAUCGAACUGCAGUUCACGGCUCUCUGCCUGGACAACCAGGUGAUAGAGGGCGCUGCUGAGUGCAAGAAUCUAGCGGUCGGUGACACCGUCGCGUUCAACAUAACGGUCAAGUUAGCCGAGUGUCCGCAAGAUGGCGGUGAAUUGCAGUUCUCGCUGAACCCGGUAGGUUUCGGAGACGAGAUGAAGAUCAAGGUGACAACGAUGUGCUCCUGCGACUGCUCAGUGGACGCGGUCCCGGACAGCGACCAAUGUUCUGCCGGUAACGGUACUCUGGAGUGCGGAGUCUGCGUUUGCAACACGGGCAGGUACGGCCAGACGUGUGAGUGUAAUGCAGACAGUGUAGAAGCCGUGGACGAGACCAAGUGUCGGAUGGACAACGCCACGGCCGUGUGCUCGAGUCGUGGAGACUGCCUGUGCGGACAGUGUACGUGCUCAGCUCGCCAGGACCCGCGGGAGAAGGUCUGGGGCAAGUUCUGCGAGUGCGACAACUUCUCUUGUCUAAGACACGACAGGCUCAUCUGCGGUGGUCGCGGCACGUGUGAUUGCGGGCAGUGCGUGUGCGAGUCGGGCUGGACGGGAGAGGCGUGCGAGUGUUCCGCCCGCACGGACGCCUGCAUCUCCGAGAAUGGGGAGGUCUGCAACGGUCACGGCACCUGCGAAUGUGGCAAGUGCAAAUGUGAGGACAACUUUGCUGGACCAACAUGCGAGGAAUGUCCGACGUGCCCAGGGAAGUGUGAAGGGAACAAAGGCUGUGUGCAGUGCCAGGCCUUCCAGUCCGGAGACGUGACAGACGUGGACUGUCUGCAGUGCCCCUUUAACGUCACCAUGGUGGACAGUGUGGACGUCGUCGUGGACGAUCCUGAGACCCAGCUGUGCCGCUUCCGUGACGACGACGACUGUUUGUUCACCUUCUCGUAUGGCAAGGGUGACGACAACUCACUGGUAGUCAACGUGCAGAGGACCAAAGAAUGCCCUCCGGAAGUCAACAUCCUUCCCAUCAUCCUCGGUAUCGUGGCAGGGAUCGUUCUGAUUGGUCUAGCCAUCCUGAUCAUUUGGCGAGUGCUGCUCUAUCUGUACGACAGGAACGAGUAUCAGAAGUUCGAAAGAGAGCAGCAGAAGACCAAGUUUUCAUCGGCGUUGUGUCAAUCAAAUUGGCGGUUUUGUAAUGUCACAAAUUUGAUAAUCAAUUGUAAAUAUUAAAGACAUUUUGGCUAUAUUGUAUAUAUGUUUUCAUGUUGAUAUUGGUCCGUUUUGAGGCUAACUAACUCUGUAUGCUUGUAAAGCGUUCAACCUUUUUAACAACAUAGUGUAGACGUACGUAUUGUAUGUAUGCUAUUUAUUUUACACAGUAGUAGUAGAGACUAAUUUUAAUCAAGAUAACAUAUAGACUUAUUAGCAAUUCUUUUAGUGUUGAUUUUCAUUAAUCAGUAAUCGUGGAUAAGAUGUUGUUUAGUUAUAGAAGGUAGGGAUGUAGCGUCAGAUAAAACAUUUUUUUUGCGCACAACGUUGAAAACUACAAGUUACAUUUCUACUCAUGUACAUAGUAACGUUUUCUUCACUGCAAGUAUGCUGUGACUUUUAUUUGACACCAUUUUGAUUUUUUUAAUGAUAAUAUCUAGAUAUCACAGUGCUUCCAUGUUAAAACAUACUUUAUUUGUACAUCAAACGCAUCACUAUAGUCUAAGAAACUCAAAAUUGCAACGUGUUAAUCAUUUGGACACAGAAAGAGGAUGUACUGACUGCACUUUAUAUUUGUACGUGCAAUAUGCAGUGAAUUAAAACAUAUGUUGUAA